CGGCGGCCCGGGGGCUGCCGCCCCGCCGCCGCUCCCGGCAGCCCGCAGUGCUUUUGCCUCGGCGUCGAUUCCGGCACGGUCUUCGUGGGCUCCCGGAGCGGCCUGCUAGAGCUGGACUCCGCCGCGCAGUCGGUGGUGAGAGAAGUUUCUUUGUCUGAGGAAGGUUUUAUGCCAAAGGAUGGAAGUGGCUGCAUCGUUGGCAUGGAAUAUCUUCCAGAGCUGGAGUGUGUGUGCGUUGCCACGGCAGCUGGAGACAUUCUUCUGUGCUAUUUCAGCACAAAACAGGUGGAAUGUGUUGGAACUGUGGAUAGUGGCCUGAGUGCCAUGAGCUGGAGCCCUGACCAAGAGCUUGUUUUGCUUGCGACAGGUCAGCAAACACUCAUCAUGAUGACAAGAGAUUUUGAACCAAUUACUGAGAAGCAAAUCCACCAGGAUGAGUUUGGGGAAGGAAAGUUUAUUACUGUUGGCUGGGGCAAAAAGGAGACACAGUUCCAUGGAUCAGAGGGAAAACAGGCAGCUCAGCGCAAGCAAACGGAAGUACUACCUGCUUCAUCCUGGGAUGAUGGCAAGCCUCGAGUGACAUGGAGAGGAGAUGGACAGUUCGUUGCAGUGAGUGCUGUCUGUCCAGACACAGGUGCUCGAAAGGUUCGAGUAUGGAGCAGAGAGCUCAUGCUGCAGUCAACAAGUGAGCCUAUCUCAGGAUUAGAGCAAGCACUGGCCUGGAAACCCUCUGGAAACUUGAUAACGUCUACACAAGAAAAACCCAAUAGACAUGAUGUGGUUUUCUUGGAGAAGAAUGGACUUCUACAUGGGGAGUUCACCCUUCCAUUCCAGAAAGGGCAGGUCAAAGUUAAUGAACUGACUUGGAAUGCAGAUUCCACGGUCUUGGCUGUAUGGCUGGAAGAGCUGAAGACUGUGAACUCCAACCCAAACAGUUACGUCCAACUGUGGACUACAGGGAACUAUCACUGGUACCUGAAACAAAGUCUGCAUUUUGGCAACUUGGAGAAAAAUAAGUUGGUGUCACUGCUGUGGGACUCAGUGCUUCCAUAUAGACUACACAUACUCUGCCAGGGUUGGCAUUACCUCUUCUAUGACUGGCACUGGACUACAGAUCGUGGAAUGGGAGAGAACAGCAAGCAUGUGGCAAAUGUGGCUGUCAUCGAUGGAGCUAAAGUGCUUGUCACAGCAUUCCAACAUGCUGUAGUGCCUCCACCCAUGUGCACCUACGAGCUGCAGCUCAAACAGGCUGUGAAUCAGAUUGCAUUUCACACAGAUCCCAAGUGUAGUGGAGACAUGGCUAUCCUGGAUGCUGAUAACAAGAUCUACGUGUACAGAUACAGUGAGAGUCAGAGCAUGGUGAAGGACCCCACCGUCAAGUUAGGAGCUACAGGUGGAAAUGGAUUUAAAGCAAAUGUGGAAAUACCACAUCUGGAUAAAACAUACAGAGUUGAUCUAGGCUGCAACACCAAUGAGGUGAUGAAUCCUCUGGGGCUCCGUUUCCUGACCUGGCUGCCAGAUGACAGUUUCGUGGUGGUUGGUCAGGAUCAGCAAGCUGCCCGCUCUGUCCUUCACCAUCUCACUGCGGCACCUCACGUAACUGGAGCUGAGGAAGAGCACCUCAAUUUACGGUUGUCUCUGUCUGUAGCUGGAGAGGUGAUCACACUGUGUUGCAGCCCCGUGACGAAAACUGUAGCUCUGCAGCUGGCUGAUAGACGGAUCCUGAAAUAUCUCUGGGAGGCUUCUACUCCAGUUCUUGAGCCCUGGCAGACUAGCAGUGGCUGUGCUCUCCAGUUCCCUCACCUUUGCAUGCAGACUUCUAUCACAAGGAUUGGUGGUGAAGAGGUGAUCUUGGGCCUCACAGAUCGGUGUCGGUUUUUCGUUAAUGACACUGAGGUUGCAUCCAACAUCACCUCAUUUGCAACAUACAAUGAGUUUUUGUUGGUGACGACCAACUCCCACACCUGUCAGUGCUUCUGUUUGAAGAAUAUGUCAGUGAAAGCCCUUCAGGUUGCCCUGAGCAGUGUUGCAGCCCCCAACAACGAGACCUUGCGCAAGGUGGAGCGAGGAUCACGUAUCAUCACUGUUGUACCUCAGGACACAAAGGUUGUACUUCAGAUGCCAAGAGGAAAUCUGGAGACUGUUCACCAUCGAGCUCUGGUUCUUGCCCAGAUUCGAAAGUGGCUAGACAGGCUUAUGUUCAGGGAAGCAUUUCAGUGUAUGAGGAAGCUGAGAAUCAACCUCAAUCUUCUCUAUGACCACAAUCCCAAGGUGUUUCUGGAAAAUAUAGAAACCUUUAUCAAGCAAAUAGAUUCUGUGAACUAUAUCAACUUGUUUUUCACAGAACUGAAAGAUGAAGACUUCACCAAGACUAUGUACCCAUCUCUGAGCAGUAGCCGUAAUGAUCAACCACAUCAGCAACCUGAACAGAAAAAAGUGAACCUCAUAUGUGAUGUGAUGAGAGUUGCCAUGGAGUGCAUUGACCCCCAAAAAUACUGCCUCUCAAUACUGACAGCACACGUGAAGAAAAAUCCUCCGGAAUUGGAAACUGCUCUCCAGAAGGUUCAUAAUCUUCGAGAGAACGUUUCUCCAAAUGUUGGAGCUGUGAGUGCAGAGGAAGCACUAAAGUACCUGCUUUUCCUUGUGGAUGUCAACGAAUUGUAUGAUUAUUCCCUGGGCACGUAUGACUUUGAUUUAGUCAUCAUGGUGGCAGAGAAGUCUCAAAAGGACCCAAAAGAAUACUUACCCUUCUUAAAUACUCUCCGGAAAAUGGAAACCAAUUAUCAGCGAUACACAAUAGACAAAUACUUGAAGAGAUACACCAAAGCUCUUGGACAUCUCAGCAAAUGUGGUCCUGAACACUUCUCUGAAUUUCUGAACUUGGUGAAGGAUCAGAGUCUAUAUUGUGAAGCCUUGAAGCUGUAUCCCUCCAGCACCCAGGAGUACAAGGACAUCAGCAGUGCAUAUGGGGAGUAUUUGAUCCAGAAGCAGCUUUAUGAACAGGCUGCACUGAUACUUGCUCGGGCUGGCAUCUUUGAAAAAGCACUGGACGCCUUUCUGAGCAGUGGCAGCUGGCAGCAAGCCCUGUGCAUGGCCUCUCGGCUAGGUUACACAAAGGAGAAGCUUUCCAGCCUGGCACGGACCAUGGCAGGAAAACUGGUUGAACAGAGAAAGCAUGCAGAGGCAGCCAUGCUCGUGGAGCAGUACACUGAGGACUAUGAAGAGGCUGUUAUCCUACUCUUAGAAGGGGCUUUCUGGGAGGAGGCUUUAAGACUGAUUCACAAGUAUGAUAGACUGGAUAUUUUGGAGACCAACUUCAAACCUGCCAUAAUAGAAGCUCAGAAAAGUCAGCUGAUGUUCCUAGAUUCUCAGAAAACUGCAUUUCUGCGUCGUAAGAGUCGCCUGCAAGUGGUCCGAGAACUGAAGGAGAAGGCCUGUGAGAGCCUGCAGGAUUGUGAAGCGCCGUAUUGCCCAGAAUUUGACCUUUUGUCUGAAACCAGCAGUGUUGUGACACACAGCGACAUGAGCAGCAGAUACUCACACAGCAAUUCAAGAAUAUCAGCGCGAUCCUCGAAGAACCGCCGCAAGGCCGAGCGCAAGAGAUACAGCUUGAAAGAGGGGAGUCCUUUUGAAGAUAUGGCCCUUCUGGAAAUUCUGGGAGAAAAUGUCCGUGCUGUUGAUUCUGUGAAGGGAGACGUACACGUCCUUCUGAAACAGCUUGUGCUGUUUGGUUUUGAUGAGCAGGCUGAGGGGCUGCAGCAAUUCCUGGAAGAAGUUCUGCAGUUGAUGGAGACCUCAAUCCCAGAAAUCUGGACUCCAGCCUUGCAGCAGAGUUCUCUCAACCCGGUCCUGGGACCCAAUUCAACUGCAAACAGCAUUAUGGCUGCCUAUCAGCAGAAGAGGAUGGUUGUUCCUGCUGUACAAGAUUCAGAAUUACUCAUUGCACCAAAACUCAAUAAAAGUCUACAGUGGAAGCUACAUCUUUUCCAGUCGAGGAAUAAUGAAUUUCCAGAAUAAGGAAUAAUGAAAAGUCAAGGAAUCCCAAUGGACUGUGAAAUGUUACUUUUCAUUAUAUGCUUUCAUUACACCUUUAUUAAAACAUUAUUGUCCUUGCGUUCCUAUG